AGCGCUCGUGCUGCACUCAUGGAAAACACACCGAAGUGCUGUGUGAAGGUGUACCUGUGUUCGAACCCUGAAGAUUCGGAGGCGGAGAGGGAGGCUCUGCGGGAGACCGUCUUCCCGAGAGUGAGGGACCGCUGCCGUCGCGUCCACGGCGUCGAGUUCAGGGUGAUUGACCCCUAUGAGGGAGUUGGGCACCAGAGCCCCCCGGACCCUCGCACCAGACUGCGGCUGCUGGACGAAUGCCGGAAGAGCUCAGCAGGACCUUUCUUUGUGGCCCUGGUGGGGCAGCGGUACGGCAGCGCGUGCCCACCUGUGCAGGUGGAGGUGUCCGAGUUCCAGACGCUGCUGUGGACGUGCGAGCAGAUGGGGCUGAGCACCCGGCUCCUGGAGCGGCGCUACCGCAGGGACGAGAACGCCGUCCCGCCCUCCUUCGUCCUGCGGGACCGUCCGCACCAUCCCGCAGGUGGCCAGACGGACGACACGCCGGGGGACGCUGACGGAUCCCAGCAGGAGAUCGGCGCGACGUUUCGAGCUGCGGUGACGAGGUGCGUCCAGGAAGGAAGGUUCACCUCCGAGAAGGCGCACGAGUACUUCAGCUCAGCUCUCGAGAAGGAGGUGCGCUUUGCGCUGGAAGAGCGUCCCCUUGAGGACGCCGCCAGAGCUCUCUGCUAUGUCCACAAGCCCCCCGCCGUAAGGAGCCAGGAGCAGAGGGUUCUAGACUCGGACCCGAUGACCAACCUGCGGGAGCACCUGCUGCCAGGCCUCGUGGCACCCGGGCAGCUCCCGGUGCGCACGUCUAGUGUCGACAGCAGGAGGCGCUACAUCGACGGGCUCUGCCAGCAGCUCUACGAUGAUCUGCUGACCCUCAUCGAUCGAACCCUCGUGCGGGAGGAGAGCCGCCCCAGCGAUGCUCUCUCUCAGGACCUUCUCCGCAACUUGGAGCUUUGCCGCAUUUACGCCAGCAUGUACAGGGUCGAGUGUCCGGAGACGGAGCGCAUUCAAGCGUACCUUGAGCACGGAGACACGGGACACCCGCUCGUCAUCAGCGGAGGGGCCUGCACAGGCAAGACUGCGCUCCUGUCCCACUGUGCCGUCCAGGUGAGAACUUGGCUGGAUGGCAGAAACCCUGUGGUGGUUGCUCGUUUCGUUGGAAGCGACAAAGUUACUCUGCAGGAGCUCCUCAGGAGUGUGUGUUACCAAAUCACAGUAAACUAUGGUGAGCACCCUUGGCUCCACACUUCUCGUAAUCUCAUUCAGCUGAGCCAAGACUUCCGAAGCCUUUUAAUCACGGCGUCCACAUCUCAACGUCCCCUCGUCCUCAUCUUUGAUGGCUUGGAUCAGAUGGGGUUGGAGGAGGACAAAUCUCUCAGUCUUUGGUGGCUGCCCAAGUCCUUACCCGCCAACGUCAAACUCCUCAUUUCCACAACGCCAAAGAAAUCGGGGACCCUCCGAGCGCUGAGGGCUCUCUACCCAAAAUCUCAUCUCUUCUUGGAGCUCGGCAGUAAGGACAGGAGGGACCUGAGCCAGAUGCUUGUGGACCUGCUGCUGGCCCGUGACAGGAGAAUCACCUCAGGCCAGCGCACGUAUGUGAACCGAGCGCUCGCCACCUGCCCGCUGCCGCUCUGCGUCGAGUUGCUGUGCGAGCAGGUGUGUGAGUGGAGCUCUGACUCCGAGGUCACGGAGAACUCUGUGACCAGCGGUGUGCACAACAACAUCACCUUGUUCUUCAGUCAGCUGGAGAAGAAGCACAGCAGACAGCUGGUCUCCAGAGCCUUGUGCUACCUCACGCUGGCGAGGCAGGGCCUCACGGAGGCCGAGCUGACUGAUGUGCUCUCCUCCGACAACUCUGUAUUUUCUCACUUUGUGCCAGGUGGACAAGUCCUGCCGUACAAGCUCAGGCUCCCCGAGGUUGCGGUAGAGAUGCUGCUCCUGGACCUCGAGCGGUUUCUCGUGAGGAGGCACGUGGCUGGGUCUGAAGUGCUCUUCUGGACCUGCAGACACUUCCCGUUGGUCAUACAAAAGCUCUAUCCGUGCUCAACUGAAGCAAUGCAGGAAAUGCAUGCUGCAUUAGCGGACGUCUUCAGCGGACGCUGGGCAAACGGCAGGACCAAGUCUUUGGUUGUUUGCGGAAGCAAAGGGUCCAAACCUCAAGAUGUCGUUCCGGACGUAAUACCUGUGAAAACUGACAUCGACAGGCUGCAUCCUGACCAGCCAUGGAUCUUUAGAUCAGCUCCCUCUAUGACGCUUACACGUGCUAACCUGAGGAAAAUUCUAGAGCUUCCCUUCCAUCUAAAAUCAAGUGGCAGAUUGGAGGAGCUGGGAAGAACUGUGAUGUCUCUGGGGUUCCAUCAGGCCAUGCUACAGGCAGGCCAUCUGGAAGAGUUGAUCUCACAGCUGGAAGAAAUAUCAGUACUCAUGUUCCGCCAAGAGCUUCGACUCCUUGCCAGGAUCUUGAGAGAUUCGAGCUGUCUUCUCCGAGGUUCCCCUGAAAACCUUCCAGUGGUGAUGCAAGCUGAGCUCUUCCCGUUCUUGGAUGUCUUGCCUAGCUUGGAGAGCUAUGCAAAGCAAAUCUCUGAGGAGGGCAUGAAAAGCAAUAGGCUCGCUGUGGUUCAGUCCUCCGCAGCCGCUGUGCCUUCAGCGAGCUGGAUGCUGUCGGACGUGGACGGCGUUCCUCUUGCAGAGGUGUUAGAGCUUCAGUGCAACACAGCGGUGAUAAUUCUACAGAACUGCUCCAUGUGGGCUUGGAAUGAAAACAUCCCGGGCAGCUUCGAGCUCAUUCAUUCAUUCGGUUUAAAAUUUUCAAGUGCCAAAGGCACUCAGCAUUUUGUUCUGCUGUCCACACAAUGUCCAAGGCUCUUCUUGUGUGACAUCCACACUCCGCUCUGUGUUCUUGAAAUAGAUGUUAGGAGCAGCAUGCCUGACGGAUCCACAGAGCCCAGCAGCAGACCUCCUGUUGAAGGCUUCCUUGUCCUCGAGAGCACGAUGUUUGUAAGUUACAAGGACACACGUUACAUCGGAGUGUUCAAUGUUAACACGGGAGAGGGACUUCGGCCGCUGCUUUGUCCCUCCAACGUGAGCUGCGUGUCAGGUUGCCCCAGCGGACAACUCGUUCUCUGUGGACAGGAUGAUGGCAUGGUCUCAGUUUUUGCCGUCCAAGAGAAUUGUCACCUUGCAACUUGCUCUAUUCCAGCAGGAAGGCCAAUCAUCGAAAUUCUUCAUGAGUCUGAGAGAAGCUUUGUGUGCGUGGACAGCACUGGGGGCAUCUACGUGUGGGACACUGAGACCACGGCAGAUCCCAGGCCCACAAACGCAUGCUGCCUUACUGAGGGGGAAGAAUGGGUGUUAAACACCGAGCACUCGUGGGAGGAUGGGGUCUUCGUGGUUUGCAAGAGCCAGCAGAUCUUCCUGUUGGACACAUGCGAAUGGACAGUGGAAGAGCAGUUCAGUGCACCUGCAGGCAGAAAGUUCACUCGAGCUGUGCUGGCCAAAGUCUGCAGUCUCGUCAUAGCUUCCUUGGAGGAGUGUCCCUUUCUGCUGGUGUGGAAGAGGACCACGGGUCAGUGCAUUCUGAAUCUAGACACUGGCCACACCCAAGGCCUCAGGCUCCUCAAGCUGCAGUCAACGUUGUUAGCGCUCACGGAAAAUGGAGUCCUCACAGCCUGGGACUUGGACCUGGUUUUCAAUGUUUCAUCGAUCGCCAGAAGUGGUGCAAGUGUGAAAAAGAUCCUUCUAGAGUCAGCUGAAGGCCACUUUUACACCAUGGAUGGCACCGAAUUUGUGUGGAGGUGGGGAACACGGAGUGGUAGCGUGCAGGGUGUCUUCCAACAUGAAAGCCCGGUAGAGACCUUGGCCCUUUCUGCUGACGACAAGCAUCUGGUCGCUGCAACCUUGACGGACACGUACGUGUGGCACACGGCCACAGGGCAAAAUGUCCAACGCAUCUGCAGCAACAGUUCUGCCUCCUACCUGCUCGUGACCCCCAACAGCAACUUUGCAGUGUCGCUGUGUGAACGUGGCCUGUCCCCCGUGUGGAAACUGCGCAGUGGCCACGUUGUAUGCAACAUUCACCUGUACCUGAGGAACGCCAUCAUUUCCCCCGAAAGCACCUUUGUCCUGGGCCUUCAUGAGCAGGACCUCCUGGCUGUCAGCUUGUGGUCUGGCUGUGUCAGCAGAAGGUUCUCGUGCUCCACCCAAAUGGACGUCGUGGCCUUUCAGCCUUUGCUUAACCAUGUCGAUUAUGUGGUGGUGAUCACGUCCUCUGGAUGCCUCUUCACCUGGAGGGUCACAGAAGAAACCCUCUGCCAGCAUGUUCAGAUACCCUGCACGUUCCUGAGCCAGCCAGACAUGAUUCAGUUCUCCUCAGAUGGAAGAUAUGCCGUCCUCUCUGCAGCGGACGACUCCAUCGGCGUGCUGGACACCCAGAAUGGCAGGCUGUGCUUGCUGCCUGCCGAAGGCCAGGUUCUGCUGGUCAGCUUGGACGUUGCAGGACGCUACAUCGUCUUCGUGUGUGAGCCCAAGCCCAGUGACUGCACGUGCCGUCUCCAUUCCGGACCAGUUCUCUGUGCUGCCUCUGUGUCCGAUGGCAGGAGCGCGGGGAGGUUCCCCCUCGGGGCGGUCCCCUCCGCCCUUAGCCUCUCGGAGGAGCUCCGCACUCACGUGGGCUUCGAGGACGGCUCGGCGGCGGUUUACGCCAUCUGCGCCGCACCGGGCGGCAGGGGCGCGGUCAGGGGUCGCUUCCGGGAACUGGGCCGCGACACCCGACGCGUGCACGAGGAGCCCCUCGUGUGGUCGGCCUUGACAGCAGCCACUGUCACGUGGGUCGAUUCCGCCUCUGUGGCGUGAUGGCGAAGGGAUUCGUCAGUCUUAGUCAUUAUUCUGGUGAAUCGCUCUGGGCUGGCCGCCCCGCACGGUGGAUAACUUCAGCACUUGGGCAAGCGGUUAGGAUUUGGGUUAGGGUUAGAGCUGCUGCCUUUGGACCCAAAGAUCACACGUUCCAA